GGCCUCCAUGAUGUGUCCACAGUGAACGGGCAGCUGGUGGUCCUGGAGUGCAGACUGAGGGGAACCCCCCCCCUGCAGGUCAUGUGGUACAGAGAGGACGAGCAAGUACUGGACUCGGAUGAUUUCAGGAUACUACGCAAGAAGGCCAGCUCUGCAUCAGUGCCAGAGGAGCUGUGCACACUGGUGAUCACAGAAGCCUUUCCAGAAGACUCGGGCAUUUUCAAAUGUGUCGUCAUCAACCCCUUCGGCACGGUCUCCUGCUCUGCCAUCUUAGAAGUUUACAAUGACCUGGAGGAGCAGCUGGAGGUGGAGGCAGCCAGUCAGCAGGUAGCAGCUUCUCUCCGACAGGAGCAGGAAGACAUGUUCCAUCAGGAGACUUUCAGCGACGAAUUUCCAUCAGAGCUGCCUGACUCCAUGACCCUCCCCCCGCCUGAGUGGCCUGAGAGCCCGCUAGAAGAUAACAGCCCAGUUGCAGA